AAUACACACUAACAUCAACACCAUCAUCCAAUAACUCUCUGGUCAUAUAAAACUGAAAUCUCUCUCUCUCUCUCUCAUUUCGUUUUCCCAUUGCGAAGAAUCUCCGGUCAAGAAUAAUAACAAGGAGGAUCUCCCAGGGAGAUUUUGUUGAGUGAUGGCAUCGAAGCGGAUCUUGAAAGAACUCAAGGAUCUCCAGAAAGACCCUCCUACUUCUUGCAGCGCAGGCCCUGUUGCUGAAGACAUGUUCCAUUGGCAAGCUACGAUUAUGGGUCCUCCUGAUAGUCCGUAUGCAGGAGGAGUCUUUCUAGUCACAAUUCAUUUUCCUCCAGACUAUCCAUUUAAACCUCCCAAGGUUGCAUUCAGGACAAAGGUCUUUCAUCCGAAUAUCAACAGCAACGGUAGCAUUUGCCUUGAUAUCUUGAAAGAGCAGUGGAGCCCUGCCCUUACCAUAUCCAAGGUGUUGCUUUCGAUUUGUUCUUUAUUGACGGACCCAAAUCCUGAUGACCCUCUGGUGCCUGAGAUUGCCCACAUGUACAAGACUGAUAGGAGCAAAUACGAGACAACUGCAAGGAGCUGGACCCAGAAGUAUGCAAUGGGUUAAUGUGCUGCCAUGUGUGUGAUAGGGAGGGCUUCUUUCCCAGUGCCUUUGGUCUUUAAAUUAUCAUGUAUAAUGAAGAAGUGUGAUCUGUGCCUCUUAUGAGUGGACCAAAAGGGAGAGGAUUGAUUACUGCCCAUCCUGAUAUACAUUUGCUGCUUUAAUUGUUUGUAUGAGAAAUUGUCUUUAGAACUUUGAAGAAAAUGUCUUAAAUA